CGACAUUCCAAAAUUAUACAGCAAAGCAUCAUCAGCGUCCAGGUUCAUCCCCCAACCCUUCAAACUCGCUUCUUCUUAUUAGGGUUAUUAGGGUUAUUAGGGUUAGGGUUUUCUUCUUCUUCUUCUUCUUCUUCCUCACUUCUUCAAAUUCUUCUCCUUCCGCUAAAUCUCAAUGUCCUAUUCUUCUAUUUUCCUCACACAAUCUCUACUCAACCAUCACUGCGACUGUAAAAUCUAUUGUCAAUUCCUCUAUUGUUGUUGUUGUUAAUCGAUUUCAUUGCUCCGUUUCUUCGAUUUCACAAACUGUUUUUGAUGGACCUCUCUCAUCACCAAUCCAAUUUAUCUCUCAGUUUUUCAUCUUCUCACGCUUCACCGCCUCGCCGUCCUCCGAUUCCCGACGACUCGAUUUCGCUUCAUCUCGAAUCGAGUUUUCGCGAUCCGUCACACCCGGUCCCUACGGUUCCGCUUCAGCUCAUGGAACCGCAGACGGAGAAAGAGAACGGUAGUAUCGAUACCGAUUUGAACAUUAACGAAGAAGAUGAUAGAGAAGUUGAGGAGUUUCGCAUUCUAGGUCAUUCCAUGUGUCUGAAAAGACGAAGGGAUUGUGAUUCCUCUACGGUCUCGACCAAGAGAGCUUCAGUGGAACGAGAUCUUGAGUCGCGGAAGGUUGCAGUUCGAUCCUGGGGAGAUCAGCCCUUGCAUCUUGCGGAUCCUGACAUAUUCGCGAUAAUUGAGAAGGAAAAAAAUCGUCAAUUUAAAGGUAUUGAAUUGAUAGCUUCUGAGAAUUUCGUGUGUAGGGCUGUGAUGGAAGCGUUAGGAAGUCAUUUGACGAAUAAAUACUCUGAGGGAAUGCCUGGUGCGCGUUACUAUGGUGGAAAUCAGUAUAUAGAUGAAAUUGAAACGCUUUGUUGUGAGCGUGCUUUGAAAGCGUUUAAUCUUGAUCCCAAGUGUUGGGGUGUGAACGUGCAGCCAUAUUCAUGUACCUCAGCUAAUUUUGCCGUGUACACUGGAUUGUUGUCUCCCGGGGAUAGAAUCAUGGGGUUGGAUACUCCUUCUGGAGGGAAUACUAGUCAUGGAUACUAUACUCCUAAUGGGAAAAAAGUUUCGAGUGCUUCUAUAUUCUUUGAGAGUUUACCUUACAAGAUUAAUCCUCAAUCGGGUUUUAUUGAUUAUGAUAAGCUUGAGGAAAGGGCACUUGAUUUUCGUCCUAAGAUACUUAUUUGUGGUGGGAGUUCUUAUCCUCGAGAAUGGGAUUAUGCAAGGUUUAGACACAUUGCAGAUAAAUGCGGAGCCGUGUUAUUGGGCGACAUUGCUCAGAUUAGUGGGAUAAUUGCAGCUAAGGAAUGUGUUAACCCUUUUGAUUAUUGUGAUGUUAUUACAUCGACAACUCACAAGAGUCUUCGUGGUCCUAGAGGUGGUAUAAUUUUUUAUCGGAAGGGAACAAAACCAAGGAAAAGAGGGAUACUUAGUCAGGGAUAUGAAAGUGAUCAAUAUGACUUGGAAGAAAAGAUAAAUUUUGCUGUUUUUCCAUCAUUACAAGGUGGGCCUCACAACAACCACAUUGCUGCGCUAGCUAUUGCGUUAAAACAAGUGGCCACUCCUGAGUAUAAGGCAUACAUGCAGCAGGUGAAGAAGAACGCUCAAGCUUUAGCGGGUGCUUUAUUGAGAAGAAAAUGCCGCCUAGUAACUGGGGGUACAGACAACCAUUUAUUACUUUGGGAUUUAAGGCCCUUGGGAUUGACAGGUAAAUUUUACGAGAAGGUCUGUGAGGCAUGUCAUAUUACUUUGAAUAAAAUUGCUAUUUUUGGUGAUAAUGGAACUAUAAUUCCUGGAGGAGUAAGGAUAGGUACCCCUGCCAUGACUUCAAGAGGGUGUGUGGAGGCCGAUUUUGAGACAAUGGCUGAUUUUCUCUUUAGAGCUGCACAAAUCGCAAACAUGCUGCAGAGAGAGCAUGGGAAAUUGCAGAAUACUAUUUAUAAGGUACUUGAGAGCAAUAGGGACAUUAUUGAGCUUCGGGCACGGGUUGAGGUGUUUGCAACUCAGUUUGCGUUGCCAGGUUAUGACAUUUGAACAUAAUGCAGCUGGUGUGUUGCAUUAUUGAUUUUUUGUAAAUGCUACACUGGUGGGUUAUUGUGCCUGCUUGUCACAAAAGCAAGUGAUCUUGAUGUGCAAAUAUUUUGUCUGAGCUUCUCUCCACUUUUCAUUGUACACAGUUGUCAGGUUUUUGCAUGUGCUCUAUAAGUGAGCCACUGAGGUUUCUUAAGGUAAUCAAGCAUCCUGUUCCUGGCUUGAUGUAGGGUACACAAGGGUUGGAACAGAUUCUUGAUCAACCAACCGAGAACAUAAUUCUUAUGAGAAAUCUGCUGAAAAUAAUUAAUCUGCUGAAGGUUAGUCACCUUGAAUUCUUUGACCUACUGUUUCAUGGUGUAAACAAUGGUAAUCCUGUUUUUUCUUGCUGCAUAUUACCCGUUUUUACAUAUGAUAGUUGUACUCUUUUUCAGCAACAAUACAGUGCUGAGUCAAUUGUUAAAUAUACAGGUUCAUGUGUCAAAUAAGUGAUUGCUUCGUA